AUGCCGCUGUACAAGCCACCCAAUCCGAGCGCUCCUGUUCUCUCGCAGUUUUCGCUGAAGGGUAAGGUUGCCGCCGUCACGGGCGGCGCCCGAGGCAUCGGCCUUGAGAUCGUCCGGGGUCUAGCCGAAGCCGGCGCCGAAGUAGCUCUCAUCUACGCCACCAGCAAAGAUGCCAUUGAAAUCGCCAGUCAGAUUGCCAAGGACACGGGUGUGAGCAUUCGCGCUUACCAGAGCGACGUUCGGUCCCGGGCCUCAAUCGCCGCCACGGUUGACCAGAUUGUUCAAGACUUUGGGCAUCUUGAUGUCAUGGUUGCCAACUCUGGCGUCUGCACUGAUAUCCCCAGCCUCGAGUAUACCGAGGAGACAUGGAAAGACAACAAUAGUGUCAAUCUUGAUGGUGUCAUGUGGACGGCGCAGGCUGCUGGGAAGGUCUUCAAGCAACAGGGGCGUGGCAAUCUAAUUGUUACUGCGUCGGUCAGUGCCACACUGGUCAACAUUCCCCAGAAACAGGCUGCAUACAACUCUUCGAAGGCUGCCGCUGUACACCUAGCGAAGAGCCUCGCGGUUGAAUGGGUUGAUUUUGCCAGAGUUAAUUGCGUGUCUCCGGGCUUUAUUGAGACGGAGAUGUUGUAUGUUCAACCGAAAGAGCGCUUCGACAAGUGGAUGGAGAUGAUCCCCGGGAAGCGAAUGGCAGAGACGUCUGAACUCAAAGGCGUAAGACACAAAUCGUGGUGUUCGCAUAUUGAUCUGGAUCUUCGCUAA